GAUCAUUUGCAGCUGCAUUUUCUACAGAGUAAUAAUACAAUCUUUAGUGUUUACUUGCUGAUCAGAAAAACUGAAGAAAAAAAAACUUGGAAAAUGGUAGACGCAUUCUGUGCCACGUGGAAAAUGGUUGGGAGUGAGAACUUCGAUGAGUACCUGAAAGCUAUAGGUGUUGGGUUUGCAACAAGACAAGUUGCAAAUGUGACUAAACCGACCAUCAUCAUCUCGAAAGAGGGAGCCAAAGUUCUGGUAAAAUCACAGGGUACUUUAAAGAACACCGAGCUCUCAUUCACACUGGGCGAGGAGUUUGAUGAGGUCACUGCAGAUGACAGACACUGCAAAUCUAUUAUGGUUAUGAAUGGAGACCAGCUUGUUCAUGUCCAGAAGUGGGAUGGAAAAGAGACCACCUUUGUCCGGGAGAUCAAGGAUGGGAAGAUGGUCGUGACACUCACCUUUGGGGAUGUGAAGUCUGUGCGCACCUAUGAAAAAGCAUAAGGUUUGGGAAUAUAAUCAGGAUUUGUUCUUCACUGGGCAGCAACAUAAAUUAUAUGCUUCGAUGUUUUACUGAAAGCAGAAUUUUGCACUUCAUUCCUACUAAUUUAGCAAACCAUGUUCUAGAUAUAAUUUUAAGUAGGGUACAAUGGGGCUAAGGGCCCCCUGGGAUAAAAGGCUCCUUAAUUUUAUUUCUCCCCAAACAUAAAAUAGCAUUACAAACUACCACAGGACUUUCCUAAACACCAUUAUACACUGAAAAACUUUCCUGAUCCAUGAGAUCAUUGAAUGUAAUAUCAAAAGUUUAAUUUUGAGGUGAUUUAAACUAAUAUUUAAUCAUUUUUGAAAUGUUGUACAUUUAUGUAGCUAAUGAUUAUCUUGGAAUUAUCACUUUUAUUUUUAGAUAAAAUCCUUAUUUGUCAUUUUCAAUUUUGUUCAAGUUGAUAUUAAAAAAACAAUAACUUUCCACUAUGUGAAAUUAUAGUAUCUGGGGUGAAAAGCCCAGAUGUUUCAGGGACUGAAAACCCCUAUUAAACACCGUUUUUUCUUAAGUGGGGGCAUGGGCGCAGCCAGGAAAUUUAUUUGGAGUUGGCCUCAAUAAAAAUGGAUGGGCCAAGUUUUCUGUAAUGUUUUUAUUUUAUUUAUUUUUUUACCAAAUUUUCCUUGAUAACAGAGAACUGCCGCAUUCACACUUUCAGAAAUCAGAAAGUGAUUAUGCAUUUUAAAACUAUUUUCUAAAUAUAUAUUUGAAGUCAAAGAAUAAUCUAUAAUAUCAUGGCUACGUCACUGAGUGGGAGGAAUAGAUUCGUCAUGAAACAUUUUCAAAGUGGGCUCACAUCCAGUCAAAAUGGAGAUUAAUUUGUUAAUAAAAUGCUUGAUGUAAUGAAAUGUCAAAUUUGAUUGAAAUAAACAAGAAAUGAUGCACCCUUUUCUUAAGUUGUUAAACUGUUAUUCUAUGGAAUAGAGCUGCUUAAAAUAUCUAUUUUUAUGUUCCAAGAAAAAAUAACAGCAUAUGGGUUUUGAACAACACAAGGAUGAGUAAAAGUACAUUUCCCAUUUUUAGGUGAACUACUCCUUUAACUGGUGACUCAUCCUCAAAAUAAAAUGGUCUCUUUUAAAAGAAGACUCUUAGGAGAUGAUUUACAAAAUCUAGAAUUAAAGACAAAGAAAUGAUUUAUUGUUAGUCAUCUGGGGUAUUGCUGAAAUCAUCUGUGCUCAUUUCAUUCUGACAUCAUCCUAAGUGCUUGUCAUGAAUAUUUCCUUGCUGUUGUUGAUGGCAAAGGAAAAUAUGAUUGUAGAGACGUGUCAUUCUUCCUAUGUUUCAUCUUGAAAGCCCUCAUGCUGUGGUUAAAUCGAGUACAACAAAGGUUUUAACCUAACCAAUAAAACCCAUGUAAUGUUGUCUGUUGUAAACUAUAUAUAAAUGUUAUGCUAUUUAAAAUAAAAUAAUAAUAAUAAUAAAAAAACAAAAUCAUGUGCUUAGUUUUUGAUGUUUUUUAUUUCUUUAACCAGCAGAGGGCACUAAAUUUUUCCUGUAUUUUGUAUUAUUAUUUAUGUUAAGGCACAAAUGUUUGCAUAUUGUACUAGAUUUUUAAUUGUGUAAGAUGUGAUGCUAUCUUUUCGUGGCUGGUUUAUAAACUAGCUUAUACGCAUAUUACAUAUAUUUACACAUUACAUAUAUUUGGAGCAUUUGUGAGUACCUACAGCUCAAGAUUAAUUCAUCCACGCUGCUACAAAGAGCGUUUUAGAAAGUCUUUUUUUCCCAACUGCGAUUAGAAUUUAUAACCAGUGUUAUAUAAGAUGAUAUAUAGAUAAUGGUCGUAUAUAAUCAUAAUGCUUUGAUGAAAUUGAUAUUUGAGAACAAGACUUGUUGUUGUUGUGUAUGUUGUCUGUUGUUG